AUGGUGGAGAAAUGUCAUCUUGUUGACUUGGGCUACUAUGGCUAUCCUUUCUCCUGGUGUAAUCAGCGGGAUGGUCGUGCCAAUGUUCGUGAAAGAUUGGACAGAGCUUUAGCAACUCAUGAGUGGGGUACUCACUUUACUUACGCCUUUGUUACCAAUAUUAGAGUUUUCGGCUCUGAUCAUUCGGCUAUUAUGUUGUCUUUAACUCAGCAAAGGGUCUCUAAAGGCAGAUGUUUUCGGUUUGAUGCUCGGUGGUUGACAUCUGAGGAGUGUGCAAAAAUUGUGGCAGAUUCAUGGCAGACAAGUUGUCGAGAUACGCUUCAAUUUCAACUAAAAAAUAAGAUUACUACCUGUCGACAAUCACUCAAGAAUUGGAGUCAACGUUCACAGUGGAAUUCACAGUUCAAGAUUUGA